CGGCCAAUGGGAACCGGGGCACUUUCCCAUCAAACCAAACCUUCCUCCCCCCGCUCCUCUUUUCAGGAUCUCGGAGGAGACUGUUUGUUCCAAAUGUUGGUGGGACGGGUUCCGAGGCGCACUGCACGGCCGGGCACCCGAGGGCCUCUCCUUUCGGGGGCUGUGUGAGCUUUCGAUCCCCGUCUCCUGCCACGAGUCGAAGGGGCCUCGCUGGGGAGGCGCCGAGGGCGCAUGGGGCGCGCUUGGAUGGCCUUGGAUUCGCCCCCAUAAUGUCCACAUGGGAUCCCUGCAGCAGCCACUCUGAAGCCUCCGACCCUGCGCUUCUCCCCCCUGGAUUACCGCUCCCGGGAAGCCGCCAGCGCCCCUUCGCCUCCUCCCAGCCCCGUCCUCGUUCGACCCUGGAGCAUGGCUGCGGAUCGGCCGGUCCCUGGGGCCGGGGGCUUCUUCGGAGAGUUCCCGCCGUCUUACGCGGCGGCAGCUGCCAACUCGGAUCUUCUCCGGAGACCCAGCUACUGCCAUGCUGCCUUUGCCCUCAAACAGAUCUCCAAGGGUAAGGCUGUGGGCCAGAAAGCCCCGCUGUGGCUGCGGGCCCAGUUCCAGGCUCUGCUGUUUACACUGGGCUGCUGGAUCCAGCGUCACUGUGGCAAAGUACUUUUUGUGGGGUUGCUGGUCUUCGGGGCACUGGCUGUAGGGCUGCGAGUAGCCUCCAUCCAGACGGAUAUUGAGCAACUCUGGGUAGAAGAGGGCAGCCGUGUCAGCCAGGAGCUACGGUACACAAAGGAAAAACUAGGAGAAGAGUCUCUGUACACAUCCCAGAUGCUGAUACAAACUCCCAAACAGGAAGGUGAAAAUAUCCUGACCCCAGAGGCCUUGGGAAUGCAUCUUGAAGCUGCUCUAGCUGCUAGCAAAGUACAAGUCUUACUCUAUGGAAAGUCUUGGGAUCUCAAUAAAAUAUGCUACAAGUCAGGUGUCCCCAUAAUUGAGAAUGGAAUGAUUGCACGGAUGAUCGAGAAGCUCUUUCCCUGUGUUAUUGUGACCCCACUGGACUGCUUCUGGGAUGGUGCCAAGUUGCAAGGAGGUUCUGCUUACCUUCCGGGCCGGCAGGAUAUCCAGUGGACCAACUUAGAUCCCAUUCAAUUGAUGGAGGAGCUGGGUCAGUUCGCCUCUCUGGAAGGAUUCAAGGAGAUGCUAGAUAAGGCAGAGGUUGGCCAGGCCUAUAUGGAGCGGCCUUGUCUUGAUCCCUUUGACCCUGAGUGCCCUACCAGUGCCCCCAACAGCCAAAGCCAUCAGGAACCAGACAUCCCAUCUGAACUCACAGGUGGCUGCCAUGGUUUUUCACAAAAAUACAUGCACUGGCAAGAGGAACUGAUCCUGGGUGGCACAGUGAAGGAUUCCAAGGGGAAACUGCAGAGAGCUGAAGCCCUGCAGAGCAUGUUCCUGCUGAUGAGCCCACGACAACUCUUUGAGCACUACCGGGAUGACUAUGAGAUACAUGACAUCAGUUGGAGUGAGGAGAAGGCAGCUGCUGUGCUGGAGGCCUGGCAACGGGAGUUUGUUGAGUUGGCCCAGGAAUCCCUUCCUUCAAAUUCCUCCCAGACUAUCCAUGCCUUCUCCACCACUACGCUUAAUGACAUCAUGAAAUCCUUCUCAGAUGUGAGCGCCAUCCGUGUGGCUGGUGGAUACUUGCUGAUGCUGGCAUAUGCCUGUGUCACUAUGCUGCGCUGGGACUGUUCCAAAUCUCAAGGUGCUGUGGGCCUGGCUGGGGUUCUUCUAGUUGCCCUUUCAGUGGCAGCGGGACUUGGACUGUGUUCCCUGCUAGGAAUCUCAUUCAAUGCAGCCACCACCCAGGUGCUGCCCUUUCUGGCACUGGGCAUUGGCGUGGAUGACAUGUUUUUACUGGCACAUGCCUUCACAGAAACCAGCCAACAUGUUCCUGUCAAGGAGCGGACUGGUGAAUGCCUACGCCGAAGUGGCACCAGUGUGGCACUUACCUCUGUCAAUAACAUGAUUGCCUUCUUCAUGGCUGCUCUUGUGCCCAUCCCAGCACUGCGGGCCUUCUCUCUGCAGGCUGCUGUUGUGGUAGUGUUUAACUUUGCCAUGGUGCUUUUUAUUUUUCCUGCCAUCCUGAGCCUGGACCUUCAUCGGCGUGAGAACAAGAGGCUUGACAUUCUGUGCUGCUUCUACAGCCUCUGCUCCUCCCAUGUCAUUCAGAUUCAGCCACAGGAAUAUGCUGAUGCAAAUGACAACCACACUGUCUCUGCUUUCCCACAUGGACAUCCAGCACUGACCACCAGCACAUGUAUCACCACUACAGUGCAGGCCUUCACCCAGUGCGAUCCCUCCGGGCAGCAUGUGGUCACCAUCUUACCACCCACACAGCAUGUCUAUACCACUCCUUCCACUCUCUUACCUGCCAACCCUCUGGGGUCACAAGUCUUCACCCCUGCCAGCUCCACCCGUGAUCUUCUGGCACAGCUGGAUGAGAGCAAAGGUGCCCAGGAGUGUGUAUCAUUACCCCUUUGUCAUUGGAACCUCUCCAGCUUUGCUCGUGACAAAUAUGCACCCCUUCUGUUGCAGAGCCAUACCAAGGGAAUUGUGGUAGCCCUAUUCCUGGCACUGCUGGGCCUAAGUCUCUACGGCACAACCAAAGUGCAUGAUGGACUCUACUUGACAGAUAUUGUACCACGAGGCACAAAGGAGCACGCCUUCAUUUCAGCUCAGUUCAAAUACUUUUCAUUUUAUAACAUGUUUGUGGUAACUAAGGGUGGCUUUGACUACCCCAACUCACAAGAGGCCCUUUAUGGCCUGCACCAGGCCUUUUCUGCCAUCCAGUAUGUAGUGCGUGAUGAGAACCGCCAGUUGCCUAAGAUGUGGUUGCACUACUUCCAGGACUGGUUGCGAGGUCUACAGGCAGCCUUUGACCAGGACUGGGAAGUUGGGCACAUCACCAAGGAGAAUUACCGCAAUGGAUCAGAAGAUGGUGCCCUGGCUUACAAGCUCCUCAUUCAAACAGGCAACAAGAAAGAACCGUUCAAUCUAAAUCAACUGACAACUCGCCGCCUGGUGGAUAAGAAUGGGAUCAUUCCUCCUGACAUCUUCUACAUUUGUUUGACAGUGUGGGUGAGCAAUGACCCUCUUGGCUUUGCUGCCUCCCAGGCCAACUUCUACCCACCACCCCCGGAAUGGAUCCAUGACAAGUAUGAUGCCACUGGCAAGAGCCUUCGGAUCCCUGCUGCACAACCCCUGGAGUUUGCUCAGUUCCCCUUCUACCUCAAUGGACUGCGGCAGACAUCGGACUUCGUGGCAGCCAUUGAGAGUGUGCGGGCAAUCUGUGAUGAGGUGGCCCAGAUACAUGGCAUACUCAGCUACCCUAGUGGCUACCCUUUCCUCUUUUGGGAGCAGUACAUUGGCCUACGGCACUGGCUUCUGCAGGCUCUCAGCAUUGUGUUGGUCUGCACAUUUCUUGUGUGCACCCUGCUGCUCCUCAGUCCUUGGACUGCCAGCAUCAUUGUAUUUGUUCUAGCUAUGAUGACAGUUGAGCUCUUUGGUAUUAUGGGCCUGAUGGGCAUCAAACUGAGUGCCAUCCCUGUAGUCAUCCUCAUUGCUUCUGUGGGCAUUGGUGUGGAAUUCACUGUACAUGUGGCUCUGGGCUUUCUCACAGCCAUUGGCAACCGGAACCUGCGUGCCAGUGUAGCCCUAGAGCACAUGUUUGCCCCUGUGAUGGAUGGCGCUAUCUCCACUCUGCUUGGUGUUCUCAUGUUGGCUGGUUCAGAAUUUGAUUUCAUUCUGAGGUAUUUCUUUGCUGUGCUCACCAUCCUGACGAUUUUGGGGCUGCUCAAUGGCCUGGUGCUGCUGCCUGUCUUGUUGUCUAUCAUUGGACCACCUGUAGAGGUCACACCAGCAGAUAAUGGCAGCUGCCUGCCAACACCUUCACCUGUCCCCCCACCCAUCAGUCACCAUAGCUUCUAUGUACACCGGCAUGGUGGAGCCUUUGGUGACUCUUCAGACUCUGAGUACUAUUCAGAGAGCAUUGGUGCAUCAGACAUUGGUGAAGAUGAUCGCAGCACCUAUAUCAUCCCCCCAGCGCAAUCACACAUCUUGGUCAAGGCCAGCAAAAGCCCCAACUUCCCCAAAAUCACUGUGGUGAAAAGCUACAAGACAAGCUUAGAAUCACCUCUGUCGUUGUGCAGCCCAGACUGGACCCAAACUAUGAGCUCUGGAGGCCAUUUACAAUCCACUGCCACAGAAGUCAAGGAUACUACACAGCAGCAAGAGCAGCCAAAGCACAGACAAGGGCCUCAGCUGCCUCGGACUGCCCCCAUUCCCCUUCGGACCGACCCUACUCUCCACAGCUCCAGAGUGCCACCUCUUGGACCUGGUGGUACCUUCACCACAGUUACAGCUACUGCCUCAGUGAUGCUGUCCUUGCAUCCAGCCCUUCCUGGUUCAUGCCGGGGUUACACACAUGAGGGCUUUGAAUCUGAUGGCCCUGAGGGGUCUGGCAGAGACCCAUCCAACAGCUUGGAACUGCAGAAUCUAGACCAGAGGCACUAGCAUUUAAUUUUUGCCAGGCCAAGACUUUGGCUCUAGAACUCCUGCUCAGGGAUGGGAUGUGCACAGUAUCCCUGGUGGGGUCAGGGGCCCAGAUUCUUCUCACACAUAUAAGCACACAUGCAUACCACAGAUGGUGAAGAAGAAUGGACACCUGGAAGCUUUUGCAUCAUGUCUACCCAACUGUAGACAUUGAUAGUGCCUUUGAGAACUGGAGCAAGGAGGCCAGGCGAGCUACAGCAGUGAGAACUUGGUACUCCGCUCUCCCAUGCCUUGUUUCUCUAGGUGUAUCUGCCACCAUCAAACAUGCUGGGCUUCUUGGUUGCCAGGACUUCUGGCUUCAAAACAUCCCUAAUUUGUGUCCUUACAUUGGACUGAUGGCCCAUAUAGCGUUGGGCCCACCUGCCUGCAGACAGGGAAAGUUCUAAUCCCAUUGAAUCUGGAAAACGAAAGCGGCCAUACCCCAUAUGCUGUGUGAACCAUCUCAUGGCCAUCAUCGGGGCAGGGCGUCAGAAUUGCUCAAACACCGACCCUCCCAUGGAGAGAACAGGACUCAACUUAUAUGUGGGGAACUCUCCCACAUUGUGCUGCUAUUUUUUAUUUUUAUUAAUAUUAAUAUUAUUUUAAGCUGUAUAAAAAGAGUCACAAACCCUCCCCCUUAUAAUUAUAAUAAUUAUUUUUUAUUAUUUUCACAGCUCCCUCAUUAAAAAAAAGUGGCGGUAUCCCUUUGAAGGGAGACACCAGUGUGAGGCUGAAAUGGAGACCCCCCCUGGGGGAGGGAGUGUGGAGGGGAGGGAGCAUGCAGUGGAGGGGCACAAUGUGUCUUAGCCUUCUAUGCAAGCUGGGUGGGAUGGGCUGCACUUUGCUCUUGCUCCCACCAGCAUGACUGCCUGUGCCAGCAUCUGCCAUGUGGCUGUUCUAAAUCCUGUUAAACUCCUCCCCACCUUAUCCCACACCCCAAAACUUUCCUUUGUGCCCUAUUCUUUUGCUUGCUUGCCUCUUUAUCAGCCCAGGAUAGCCCAUCACGCAAGCACCCCAGGAGCAAACCUGAAGUACCUCCUAUUAGUUUAAAUUUCUAGCGUCAUCAUUUCCCAAGAAUAUACACCGGGCAUAAUGUGUGACUAACAUAAGAGGGAUCAUUCAGGACACAGAAUUUGUCAGGGUUUUUUUGAGGGGGGACUAGAAGUCCUCUAGGGGAUCAGAGCUGGGCCUUCUGGAAGAGCAAUUUGUUUCAGUUUAUAUGUUUUUUCUGAUUCCAUGCUUUAAGAGGUACUUGCCACAAGAUAUUUUGUUGUCAAAGUCUGCUGCCUGUGUACAAAAUGCAUGUGUACUGCAUUGGUUUACAAAGGGAGUGUUUCAAAUGGAAAUUUGAGGUGACUGAGGAGAACAACACUUAAUAAGAAAGCUGGGCAACCUCAUGGUAAAUUAAGCUGUUCAUUGCCCUCAGUGAGCACAGUGUACCAUUUUGAGUCUUUUAACACAUGAUGUUUUUCCUGCAUUGAGAUUAUCGGCUUCCUGACCCACAUACUUUUAGCAUGCAUGCUUAUGUUGCACUUCACAACAGAUAUGAUAGUGUCCCUACGCAGAGAUUAUUUCUGUGCAUGAAAAAUACAAUGUAUAAAAUUAUCCUUUGAUUUCAACCCAAAGUGAUUUUGGAUGGGAGAAAUGUCUCCCACCUAAAAAGAUCCUCAUGUAGUCAGCAGAGCAGAAAAUGUUCAAUGGGAGAGACAAGAGUUGGGCAAAACAUUUGAUUUCUUGCCUGAAAGUAUGAGGGCUGUGGUUGCUUUUUCUGUUUCUGAAUGAUCUCUUUCCGGUUCAGCUUUUUUGGCUGAAAAGCGAGAAAUUAACUGUCACUUGGCAGCAGGAUUGAUUCUAAAGGACCAGUUCACUUCCAUCUGAUAUGCUUGGUUUCCCCAUAGCUAAGUCAAAAUUGCUUUAUGAAACGUUUUGGUUUUUCCAUUCUGGUUCAGGGCACAAAUCUGAAUUUUGCACGAAAUUUAAAGUGCAGAUUUCUGGCCAGCUCUGCCCUGUACAUCAAUCACAAAAGAAUGUCUCACACCUAUAUACUGAAACAUGAAAGUUUCUGGAUUUUAAAAAAAUGAUUUUUCUUUCUUACUGAUCUGUUCUAAAAGAUGGCAGCUGGAAAAAUAAUCUCUGUUGUUUAGGAUUCUUGACACGUUACCAGUUUCCCUAUGUUAAACCACUGCUACUUCCUAGUUAGCAUCCAAAUUAUAUAUGUAUUUUAAAACAUUCUCUUCUGUCACCUGCUGGUUUUGGAGCCUGAAGGGAGUGCCACAGUUUUCAGGAAGUACUUUAAGGGCAAGAGACUUGAUGAGAAGUUUAAAAUCUUAAUUUUAUUUUAAACCGGGCUAUCCCUACCCAACAGGCAAUGCAGGCAGCUGCCUGAAGCAAAAGAAUUCCAGGGCUUCUGAAGCUAAAUCUUUCAAGGGAUGUUAGAUGGGGCAGUUGUGUCCCCUCCCCAGUUUUCCUGAUUGAGUUAAGUGGAGGAGAAUACAGAUACACUGUCACCUUGAGAAGGAAAUGGUACAUACCAUACACAAUAAGCAAGAAUUUGGACCAAUCCAAAUCCUUAUUUUUUUACACAAGACAGCAAAAUAAUUUUAGGUAGCCCUGAUUACAGGUUUGGAGAUUUUAGGCUUUGUGAAGGCACCCUUCAAAUUGCAGAAGUAGCUCAACAUCAUACUACACUGCAGUUAGGUACGCAAGUAGUUUGUCAUCUUCAGAGUGGUGUUGAUGUUUCUAGUGGAUCAAUACUUUUCACCUUUGUCUUUAGAAUGAGCUAAAUUAAGCAAUGCUGCUAGCUGUUCUUUGCUAGCAUGGAGCAUCUCAGAGACUUUGUGUGAAAAUCUGUUCUGCUCGGGCAUAAACUUGGGUGUCCCCUUGGACACAGGCUGAGGCACCAGAGUCAACCAGUUUACUUGUGUGAGAGAGCAGAACUGGUUCACCCUUGAAUCCACUGCCUCAAUCUCAUUCUUCCUUCUCAACCACAGGCACUUUAAAUUCCUCCUCCCUUUCACCCAAUAACUGCUGUAAUUUUAUUUCCUAGCCUAUUUGGAUUCCCUAGUCACUUCUUUCUGCCAAGGGAAUUUCUGCUGAGGUUUUUACAUUUUGAUUGUGUGAACCCCGUUGGCACCUUCAGUAGCUUUGGGCCUCCUGUUAAAAUGAAUUAAUUCAGUUGAUUUAAAGCUAAGAAUUACUUCUAGGAUCUGGAGAGACUUCCUGUACAUAGAAACUUGCUGCAUGGCAGAGAUUGACCUGGCCUUUUGGAUUUGUCUAGUUUCCCAUGAAGCUACUUUAUAAGCCAGAAACUACUGUCAAGGUUAGAAUCUAGUAACAUUUGACAUGUAUACCCCACUUCCCCCUCUAUCCCUUCCACCCACAACUCAUAAUAGAACUCACACUAGAUAUGGUGUUUCUCCUCCACCCAUGCCACAACAAGUCUAUGACCAGCAAAGCUUGGGGAAAUGGUGGAAAGGGACACAUUGUGUGUGCAUGUGUGUAUUGGUGUGCGCGUGUGCAUGUGAGUAUGUAGCGGGUAUGCUGGAGUCCUUUUAACCUGAAAUGUUGUCAUGCCAUAUAAAUUAUUUAUAUGAAAAGAAAAAAGAUUUAUUUUUGUAGUUUGUACAGACCUCUAGCCUUGCAAUGGAAGUUUUUAUUUUUAAAAGUAAAUAUAUAUUAUAUAUAAACCUAUCUUCUGAUGGUGCCCGUGUGCAGUUCUUUGGUCCCUAUUCGGAUGGGGGAGUGUGUUUGUGUUUGUAGUGAGGCAUGCACCUACUACAUUUAUGCAGGCUGAACACAUAAGUUUCUCUAAACAGGAUAUACAUAGCAGCUGGGAGAGAAAGAAUUCUAAGCUGGGAAAUGGUGCUGAGAAAAGGGUUAAUUCCCCCCCCAGCACCACAGUCCUAGUCUGAAUCUUCCUUUUGGCUGUUAUUUGGUACAAUUUUAUAAGGAUGCAAUCCCAUCACAGGUUUCUGGCAUUUUGUCUAGUUUUGCCUCGACUUCCAUCUUAGAGAAAUCUGUCUCGAUGAACAGCAGGGGUCUGUGUGUGUGUGUGUAUGAGUAUGCAUGUGUGUACAUAUAGCUAGAUGUUUUCUGUUCCCAGAAAAUGCGAAUUCUGGAUUAAUUGCUUAAAGGGAACAUAUUUUAAUAUAAUUUGCAUAUUUUACUUUGAUUGACCUGUUUGGUCCUUCGCAGAACUUACAUUGUAUUUUCAAGGCCUGACAUGCUAGAGCAAGGAAAGUGCUGGUGCAGGAACUGGAGGGAACCAUCCAAAGUUCACUUUUUUUCAGUCUUCAGCAUAUACUGUGUUCCAUUACAAAAAAAAUAAUAAUUGUGCAACUUCGUUGUCUCGGCAUUUUCACAAGUGGCACUAAAUCACCUUUUAAUCUGAACUGUUACAUGUGAAUGUUACU